UUUAGUUUUUAUGGCCGAGUCACCAAAGUACUACAUCAUUUUGCCAAAUUGCCAUGCCUAAAGACACCAAAGUAGAAAAUUUCAAAAUGAUUACUUGUAUUUAAAAAAAAAUCUCCCUCCAUCUCUAUUUAUUUACUCCAUAUAGCCAAAAUGUAUUGAUAUUAUCCUGUUCUUUUCAGCUUUUAUGAAUGUACAUAAAUGGUGGAGAUCGGAGAUGUGUUAUCAACUUAUUACUAAUAGUGUCAUAAUAAAGUAUCACUCGACGGUUUUUUCAAAAAUAAAGAGUACGUAGGACAAACAAAUAGGAACGGAGAAAGCAAGUCGAAAAAGAAAAUCGAGAAUAUACCCAAAACCCAAUAUAACUGCCGGGGCACAAGAUAGGUCCUACCACAAGGAACCGUUCGGUAACAUCUGACAUUGUUUGCCUUCUUCUUCCCUCCUCCUCUUUCUCUCUGCACCCUCGUGAUCUUUUCAAUUCCUUUCUUUCUUUUCUUUUUUUAUAAAUUCAAAAAUCCCAUCUUUUUUUACUCAAAUUCUGCAUUAUGUUCUUUUAAACUAAAAAUCAUCUGACAUUAUUAAUACUCUACUCAUAUUUCCUUAAUUAUUAAGGUUUGUUAAUUAUUAUUAUUCCAAUUAAUUGUGAAUCACUAUUUUAUUAAUCUCUCCAUUAAAACAUCCAAUGUUAGUUGAUCCCCUCACCUCCACUCUUCAACCACCCUCUCUCUUCCCUUUUCUCUCUCCUCUUUUCCUUCUUCUUCUUCCCCAUUUUUCAGUUCAACAAAAUUAAUCAAAUAAAUUAAAAAAGAUUAAAACUUUUAACAAUGAAGUGCUUCCAUUUCACAAAUGGUGAAAGAAGAUCCGAAGAAGGAGAAGACGAUGUCGUUUCAUCAGUAAGAGCAAGAGUUUCAUGGGCUCGUUCUUUGAGUAUAGCUAGUAGUACUACUAGCUCAAGUACCACCGAAGUACGGCGGUCGGAGUUCGCCGGAGACUCGGAGUUUUCCGGCGAGUCAGCUGGGUUUUUCUCUCUCCUAGCUCAGAAUCGCCGAGUUUGUAACGAUCUGAAAGCGUUUACUUUUGCUGAGUUGAAAUCGGCAACUCGUGGGUUUAGUCGAGGCUUGUUGAUUGGUGAAGGAGGAUUUGGGUGUGUUUACAGAGGUGUUGUUGAUAAUGUUAGGGUUUUUGAUUGCGAUGAUUUUGAGUUUGAUGAUUCUGUGAAUUGCAAGAUUGAUGUCGCUGUUAAGCAGCUUAAUCGUUAUGGUUCCCAGGGGCAUAAAGAGUGGAUCAAUGAAGUGAAUUGGUUAGGCGUAAUUAAGCACCCAAAUCUUGUCAAAUUAGUUGGAUAUUGUGCUGAAGAUGAUGAAAGGGGAAUGCAAAGGCUUUUGGUGUAUGAACUCAUGAAGAACAAAAGCCUGGAGGAUCAUCUGUUGGGUCGGAUGUCAUCACCCUUGCCAUGGAUGACGAGACUGAAAAUUGCGCAGGAUGCAGCUCGUGGAUUGGCGUAUUUGCAUGAGGAAAUGGAUUUUCAGCUAAUAUUUCGAGAUUUUAAAACAUCAAAUGUUUUGUUGGAUGAAGACUUUAAUGCCAAGCUCUCAGAUUUUGGACUUGCUAGGCUGGGGCCGGCAGAGGGAUAUAGUCAUAUUUCAACUGCGGUUGUAGGAACAGUGGGUUAUGCAGCACCUGAAUAUGUCCUUACUGGAAAAUUAACAAUCAAGAGUGAUGUAUGGAGUUUUGGUGUGGUUCUCUAUGAGCUUAUAACAGGAAGACGGGCAGUUGAGAAAAACCUUCCACGAGGAGAGCAGAAGCUCUUGGAGUGGGUUAGACCCUUUAUAUCAGAUUCAAAGAAGUUCCACUUGAUUGUUGAUUCACGGCUAGAGGGGCAGUACUGCAAAAAAUCAGCUCAAAGAUUAGCAUCAUUAGCAAACAAGUGUCUUGCUAAGCAACCCAAAACCCGCCCUAAAAUGAGCGAAGUUGUAGAGGUACUAGGUAGUAUAAUGGAUGAAGCAUCUUCAGAGGAAGAAACUGAGUCCAAGCCUGUUGUCCAAGCAGCUGAAGAUGAGAGUGAAGAACUGGAUGCAGAUACUGAACCCACCAAACCAGGGAAAAAGUACCUGAGAAAGGUGCGGGAAAUAAAAGAAAAGGUCAAUUUGAAGAACAAAUCUAUUGGGAAACUAGAUUGGAAAAACUGGACUCCUGGUUUAGUCAAAACUUUGUGAUAUGAAAUCACCCUUGGAGAAGAGGAAAAGUCCCCCUUUUCGAGUUUUGGGUGCUAGCUGAUGUUAAAAAGUGUAUCAAAAUUAUUUUCAUUAAUAGGUUAGAUGCAAAUUUUGUUUUUAUGAUUUAUUUAAUUUGUAUCAAAAUCCUCCUUCCUUGAUUGCCUAGAUGGGAAAGUGAGGGUGACUGAAUAUGUAGAUAUUAGGUGUAACUCGGUGCCUAGGAAAGCUUCAACGUUGAGGCUUGCUUUGCAUUUUAGUUGACGAGUAAGAUGUUAUUUGAUCUCUUUUUUCUGCAUGAA